AUGAUGAAGUUUCGGUUCCGGCGGCAGGGCGCCGACCCGCAGCGCGAGAAGCUCAAGCAGGAGCUCUUCGCCUUCAACAAGACUGUGGAACAUGGCUUCCCCAACCAGCCCAGCGCCCUCGCCUUUGACCCCCAGCUUCGCAUCAUGGCCAUUGGCACCAGGUCUGGGGCUGUCAAGAUCUAUGGUGCACCCGGCGUGGAGUUUACGGGCCUACACCGUGAUGCGGCCACUGUCACCCAGAUGCACUUCCUGCCCGGCCAGGGCCGCCUCCUGACCCUGCUGGACGACAGCAGCCUGCAUCUGUGGGAGAUUGUCCACCAUAAUGGCUGUGCCCACCUGGAGGAAGCUCUCGGCUUCCAGCUGCCCAGCCGGCCAGGCUUUGAUGGUGCCAGUGCCCCUUCUAGCCUCACCCGUGUCACGGUGGUCCUGCUGGUGGCUGCGGGCGAUACUGCCGUCCUGGGCACUGAGGGCGGCAGUGUCUUCUUCCUGAACGUUACUACCUUGACGCUGCUUGAGGGGCAGACCCUCAGCCCAGACGAGGUUCUGCGAAGUGUGCCAGACGAGUGCCGGUGCGGAAAGGCACUGGGCCCCGUGGAGUCGCUCCAAGGACACCUGCAGGAGCCCACCAAGAUCCUCGUUGGCUACAGCCGGGGUCUGCUGGUUAUCUGGAACCAGGCCACACAGUGUGUGGACCAUGUCUUCCUGGGUAACCAGCAGCUGGAGAGCCUGUGCUGGGGGCGUGGUGGAGGCACCAUUGUCAGUUCGCACAGUGAUGGCAGCUAUGCCAUCUGGUCCAUGGAUGCUGGCAGCUCCCUGACGCUGCAGCCCACGGUAGCCACCACGCCCUACGGCCCCUUUCCCUGCAAGGCCAUCAACAAGAUUCUGUGGCGGAACUGUGAAUCUGGGGGCCACUUUAUCAUCUUUAGUGGUGGCAUGCCCCGUGCCAGCUAUGGCGACCGCCACUGUGUGAGUGUGCUGCAGGCUGAGACACUGGUGACUCUGGACUUCACCUCCCGCAUCAUUGACUUCUUCACGGUGCACAGCACGCGGCCUGAAGAUGAAUUCGAUAACCCCCAGGCCCUGGCUGUGCUGCUGGAAGAGGAGCUGGUGGUGCUUGACCUGCAGACGCCUGGCUGGCCGGCUGUGCCUGCCCCGUACCUGGCCCCGCUGCACUCGUCUGCUAUUACCUGCUCAGCCCAUGUUGCCAAUGUCCCCGCCAAGCUGUGGGCCCGCAUUGUGAGCGCUGGAGAGCAGCAGAGCCCCCAGCCUGGCUCCAGCACCUCGAGCUGGCCCAUCACUGGGGGCCGGAACCUGGCACAGGAACCAUCGCAGCGAGGGCUGCUGCUGACCGGCCACGAGGAUGGCACCGUACGGUUCUGGGAUGCCUCGGGUGUGGCGCUGCGACCGCUCUAUAAGCUGAACACGGCUGGCCUCUUCCAGACAGACUGUGAGCAUGCCGACAGCCUAGCCCAGGCUGCUGAGGACGACUGGCCACCCUUCCGCAAGGUGGGCUGCUUCGACCCCUACAGUGAUGAUCCCCGGCUUGGAGUGCAGAAGGUUGCCCUCUGCAAGUACACAGCCCAGAUGGUGGUGGCUGGCACUGCAGGCCAGGUGCUGGUGCUGGAGCUUAGCGACGUGCCGGAGGAGCAAGCGGUCAGCGUGGCCAGCGUGGACCUCCUCCAGGACCGCGAGGGCUUCACGUGGAAGGGCCAUGAGCGGCUGAGCCCGCGCACAGGGCCACUGCUGUGGCCUGUUGGCUUCCAGCCCCGCGUGCUGGUGCAGUGCCUGCCACCAGCUGCUGUCACAGCUGUCACACUCCACACCGAGUGGAGCCUUGUGGCCUUUGGCACCAGUCAUGGUUUUGGCCUCUUUGACUACCAGCGCAAGAGCCCUGUGCUGGCCAGGUGCACUCUUCACCCCAAUGACUCCCUGGCCAUGGAGGGUCCGCUGUCCCGGGUGAAGUCACUCAAGAAGUCACUGCGCCAGUCUUUCCGGCGCAUCCGUAAGAGCCGUGUCUCAGGCAAGAAGCGGGCUGCUAAUGCCAACAGCAAGUUGCAGGAAGCCAAUGCACAGCUGGCGGAGCAGGCCUGUCCCCAUGACGUGGAGAUGACGCCUGUGCAGCGCCGUAUUGAGCCCCGCUCUGCCGAUGACUCCCUCUCAGGUGUCGUGCGCUGCCUCUAUUUCGCAGACACCUUCCUUCGAGAUGCAGCCCACCACGGGCCCACCAUGUGGGCAGGUACCAACUCGGGCUCCGUGUUUGCCUAUGCACUGGAGGUGCCGGUAGCAGCAACUGGCGUUGAGAAGCGGCCCGAGCGGCCAGUGGAGGCCGUGCUGGGCAAGGAGGUGCAGCUGAUGCACCGGGCACCUGUGGUGGCCAUCGCCGUGCUGGACGGGCGUGGCCGGCCACUGCCUGAGCCCUACGAGGCUUCGCGGGACCUGGCUCAGGCACCUGACAUGCAGGGCGGUCACGCUGUGCUCAUCGCCUCUGAGGAGCAGUUCAAGGUAUUCACACUGCCCAAAGUGAGUGCCAAGACCAAGUUCAAGCUGACGGCCCAUGAGGGCUGUCGUGUGCGCAAGGUGGCACUGGCCACAUUUGCCAGCGUGGCCUGUGAGGACUAUGCCGAGACCUGCCUGGCCUGCCUCACUAACCUGGGUGACGUCCAUGUCUUCUCCGUGCCUGGCCUGCGGCCGCAGGUGCACUACUCCUGUAUCCGGAAGGAGGACAUCAGCGGCAUCGCCUCGUGUGUCUUUACACGCCACGGCCAGGGCUUUUAUCUGAUUUCUCCGUCGGAAUUUGAACGCUUCUCUCUAAGUGCCCGGAACAUCACAGAGCCACUUUGCUCUCUGGACAUCAGCUGGCCCCGUGAUGACACCCAGGCCAGCUACAGGCUCCAAGAGUCGCCCAAGCUGAGCCAGGCUAAUGGGACCCCGAGCAUCAUCCUGGCCCCGCAGAGCCACGAUGGAAGCCCCGAUCCUGCCCACAGCAAGGGAGCUGACACCCUGGAGCCAUCUGAGGCCAUACUCUCACCCACAUCUAUCGACUCGGCCACAAGUGCUGACACCACGCUGGACACAACAGGGGACGUCACGGUGGAGGAUGUGAAGGAUUUCCUGGGCUCUUCUGAGGAAUCUGAGAAGAAUCUGAGGAACCUUGCAGAAGACGAGGCCCGGGCCUGCACCAUCCUGAUCAAAUGAGGAAGGCCAGAACUCCCAACCACCGCUUGUCCUGCUUGCAGCUGGGGUCCUGGAUCCCUGGCUCCUGCCUGGCCCCUUAACACAGACCGACACCUGCUAACCUGUGGGCUCCGGUGGGCCCUGCCGUCCUCUCCAUGCCAACCCUGGGCCCCGGAGUAGUGCCGGUCCCAGGGUGUGGGCACAGCACUUGGCCCAGGCAGCUUGAGUCCUCCAGGCAGUUAGCUACACUGGGGGCUUGCUGCCCAGGGAAGGUGACAGGUGGGGCUGGGUGGCCCAUGCCACCUCCCAUUCCACACACCAUCCUUUCCCCUCCCUUUGCAAAGAGUAUUUUUCUAAUGCUGGGGCUGGACAGUCAUUUCUAGAACUAUUUUGGUAUUUGCUCCUGGACCAGCUCCUCCCUACCCCCAGCCUGUGCAUGAGUGCACACGUGAGAGUGUGUGUAACUGGGAUCUCCACUGCACACCCGCAAUUGGGGCUCAGUCAGGUGUGUGUAUGGGAGGGGGGUUCAGGAUGGGUUUCCCUAUAGAUUGUACCUUGGGGUUCUUUUCUGUCAUUUUGUUAAAAUUAG